GAAAGCAUGUGGUCUGGGUACUCCUCCAUUUCCAGAGGGAAACAGCUAUAGGAUGGGGUGGGAGGGGGGAUGGAAAGAGAGAGUUGGCAGAGCCCAUCAAGAGGCGUGGCCCUGGAUCUGUUCCCAAGGGCAGCGCCGUCCACCAGGGCCACCCUGUCCCUUUAAGAGAAGGGGGAGAGCUAGCCCCUCUCAGCCAUCCCAUCCUGUCAUCCAGCCCGGCCAAACCCAAACGGGAAAAUGAAAGAGGGACCAGGAGCAACAGGUCCCAGCUGGCUCCCGAGGCCCCUGGCUCAACGCUGAGGUCCUGGCUGCAGCCCAAGAGAUUGAGAAGGUCAGGUCGCCCCCAGAGGACGCGGGGGUCCCUGAUCGCGCCUUCCAGCCCGCUGUGUCCCCAGCGCCAUGGGCGAGUGGGCGUUUCUGGGGUCGCUGCUGGACGCUGUGCAGCUGCAGUCGCCGCUCGUGGGCCGCCUCUGGCUGGUGGUCAUGCUCAUCUUCCGCAUCCUGGUGCUGGCCACGGUGGGCGGCGCCGUGUUCGAGGACGAGCAGGAGCAGUUCGUGUGCAACACGCUGCAGCCGGGCUGCCGCCAAACCUGCUACGACCGCGCCUUCCCCGUCUCGCACUACCGCUUCUGGCUCUUCCACAUCCUGCUGCUCUCGGCACCACCGGUGCUGUUCGUCAUCUACUCCAUGCACCAGGCCGGCAAGGAGGCGGGCGGCGCGGAGGCGGCAGCGGCGGCGGCGGAGGCGGAGGCGGAGACGGAGACGGCGGUGGCGGCGGAGGCGGCGCGCGGCCCCCGCGGCCCCCGUGCCCGCGCCGCGCGCCGCUGCUACCUGCUCAGCGUGGCGCUGCGCCUGCUGGCCGAGCUGGCCUUCCUGGGCGGCCAGGCGCGGCUCUACGGCUUCCGCGUGGCCCCGCACUUCGCGUGCGCCGGCCCGCCCUGCCCGCACACGGUCGACUGCUUCGUGAGCCGGCCCACCGAGAAGACCGUCUUCCUGCUCUUCUACUUCGCCGUGGGGCUGCUCUCGGCGCUGCUCAGCGUGGCCGAGCUGGGCCACCUGCUCUCGAAGGGCCGCCCGCGCGCUGGGGAGCGCGACAACCGCUGCAACCGCGCGCACGAGGAGGCGCAGAAGCUGCUUCGGCCGCCAGCCCCGCCGGCCCCGCCAGCCCCGGGCGCUGGCCCGGACCCGUACGCGCCGCCCGCCUAUGCGCACCAGGCGCCGGCCAGCGCCGGCGAGGGCGGCAGCGCGCGCAGCAAAGCGUCCCUGGCCACCGUCCGCCAGGACCUGGCCAUCUAGCGGCGGGAUCCCCGCCUCCUGCGUCCACACCGCUGGAGCACGAAGCGGCUUCCGCGGGAACCCGAGCAGGGCUCUGCCAGAGCAGGCGGCGCGCGGCAGGGGAGCGGCGCGGAGAGCGCGUGGCGGGUGCCGGACGCUGAUGCGGGCAGGAAGGGAGGAGGCCGGGCCGAGAGGAAGUGGACAGAAGGAGGGCCGCUGGUGACCUGGCCGUUUUACUGGGGACAAAAACAGCUGUGACACCAGCGUUCCCCGGCGCUGUCCCCUGCAGAGGGGGCGCGGGCUGGGUCUGAGUGUGCACACAAGCACAAGCGGUACGCGGUGGGCUGCGUGCGGGUGCCGGUGCACGGGUGACCCCUGUGCGAGGUCUCUGCGCAUGCGCGUGCACCUGUGCCUCAGCGUGCAGCUCGCACCCGUGCACGUGUAUGUUCUCGUGAGCUCCGCGUGUGCACACCUGCACAUCCUCGUGAGCUCCGCGGCUGCGCUCUCCGCUAGAUCCCGGGCGGGUGGCUGGGGCGGGCGCGAGGUCGGCAGCAGCCAUCAGCCCUCCCUGGGCGGCAGGGCGUCACCGGAAACGCUCCCCCGCUGAGAGGGCCCAGCUAGGAAGGGAGGGAGGAGGCGCCCCUCCGCCUGGGUCUCUGCGGUGGAGACAGCUUGGGGCCAGAGGCCAGGGCAGACGGUGGUUCUCCUCCGUCUUCAGCCGCCCUGUCCGCCGCUGGCCUCCCAGUCUAUAAACUCAUCCCCUCCAGCCUCAGAACCAGGUGCUCCUGGCCCUGCGCUCCCCUCCAGCUGCCCCAAGUCCCCUGCCUGUCCCCCCACUCCAUCGGCCUCCCCCGCACCUCAGUGGGGGUGCCCAGGACCUCGGCCACUGUGGGACCGCGGGCGGCGCCUCGGCUGUCUCAUCCCAGUUCUGUCCCAGUCCAGAUGUCCCCUCCCACUCCUCACCCCCCUCAGGCCCCCCCCCCCAGCCAUCGGGGUAAGGCCAGUCCCUUCCUAGGGUGCUCUGUGUGGGCUGUGAACCACAGGACUGUCCCUAAGAAGCCCCAGGGCUGGGCGUGCGCUGCCUUUACCGGGAGCUGCCUCUCUGGGGAGCCCUGUCCCGCCCCGGCUCACGCGCCAGCCUGCCUUUUGCUCCCACUUGGGAAGAAAGCCGAGGCUGCCAGGGCGGGCGUCCCCUGCUCGCUGGAUGCCAGGGCACGGUGCCUCCCCAGGGACAGCCCUUCCCCUGCCGCUCGGCCUCACUCCCUCCCCGUCCAGGGCGCAUAGUGGGUGCUUAGUAAGUAUGUGUUGGGCGAGAAGCUGAAGCUGUCCCCAGACCCCAGGCCAUUGCCAUCUCCCUGAUGCCGGCCACUCAGCCGUGCACACCCAGCUGUCUCCCAGACGCACUCAUUCCGCAAGCUGUGUGUCAGCAUCGUGGGACAGGAACCGCAGGGGGCACAGGGGCCAUCAAGCUUCUCAUGAGCCACAUUAAAAAACUGAAAACGGGGAUGGUGUCCUGGCACAGUAGGCUAAGCCGCCGCCUGUGACACCAGCAUCCCGUGAGCACUGGUUCGAGCCCCACCUGCUCCACUUCCCAUUCAGCUCCUUGCAAAUGAGCCUGGGAAGGCAGCAGAAGAUGGCCCAAGUGCUUGAGCCCCUGCAGCCACAUGGGAGACCCAGAUGGAGUUCCUGGCUCCUGGCCAUUGCAGCCAUUUGGGGAGUGAAUCAGCGAAUGGAAGAGCUCUCUCUCUCUCUCUCUCUCGCUCUCUCUCUUUCCCCCUCCAACUCCCAUCUUUAACUCUGCCUUUCAAAUAAACAUCUUUUUUUUUUU